GCCGCCGACCGCGUGUUGUUGAGGACUCGCCGUGCAAGCCAACUGAGUUUUUAAUUGGACUUAAAAGGUGAAUACUAAUAUUGAAACCAACUACACUGCAUAUACUGCAGUGCUCCACUUUAAACCGCGCUCUCGUGGAGGCUACUUGUACGACGAGCACAACAUGGGCAAGAAGCAGAAUACCAAGAGUAGGAAGGAUUCACAGGGGGGGCAGGGCACACAAGAGGAACCUGAGGAAUUUGUGGUGGAAAAAGUUCUGGACCAGCGUAUUGUGAAUGGGAAAGUGGAGUUCUUCCUCAAAUGGAAAGGAUUUACAGAAGCCGAUAAUACCUGGGAGCCGGAGGAGAACUUGGAUUGCCCGGAGCUAAUCAACGCUUUUCUGGAAUCUCAGAAGAACAUAAAGGAGAAACCCGCUUCUCUAAAGAGAAAAGCUUCGACAGACGAGCCAGAAAUGGAUGCUAAAAAGAAAGAUGCUUCUGAUAAACCAAGAGGCUUUGCAAGAAACCUUGACCCAGAGAGGAUCAUCGGUGCAACAGACAGCAGCGGAGAGUUAAUGUUCUUGAUGAAAUGGAAAAACUCUGACGAAGCAGACCUGGUCCCAGCCCGCGAGGCCAACACCAAGUGCCCUCAGGUGGUCAUUGCCUUCUAUGAAGAGAGACUAACGUGGCACUCCUGCCCAGAGGAUGAAGCCCAGUAGUAGUGUACUCUGGGCCUCCUUCCACCUUGACCCACCUGAGCUCCCUUUUCCUCAGGACUGACUCUCCUUUGUUGGCCUAGCCUUAUAGUUUUAGCUGUCAUAGUUAUUUGUUUUACCUUUCCAGAAUGUACCGCUUGCAUAGCAUGGCCGCUUAGGAGAGCACCGUUGUUCCAUAUGAUAGAUAUGUUAUCAAAAUAAGUCAUCGUUUUUUUGAUGCAAGUAGCACGAUCAAUUCUGCUGCUUCCAUCCUCGUCCCUGAAUCAUUCAUGGUGUGGAGUGUGGUGGUGAUGGCCCAACUUGUUUUCACCAUGUCAUUUAAAAGGAAGUGCUUUGCCUUUUUCUUUGUCCCCCAAUGAAUUUUUCACAAUGUUUAUGUAAUAUUUUGUGUAAAUAUUGCUUUGAUUCAAAUAAAGUUUUUUGACCAAA